AGGGUGGAGACUCAGCAGCAGUGAGGAGGGAGGCAGGGAGGAUCUCAGCUGGAGCAGAGAGAGAGAGGGAGGGAGAGAGAGAGAGAGGCGUACAGAGAGAGGAGUGUGUGUGGAUGUACUCCUGCCUCGCUGGCUGAGCGUGUGUGUGUUUGUGUGGCAGAACGGGGGGAGGACGCGUGGAUACUACUCCACAGGGCUCCAUGUGUUUUGGCAUCCCAGAAAGAGACCACGCAUACAACCAAACAGAGUUGGUCAGGCACAAAGUGCUGACUGAACAGCAGACGGACACCAGGGCAGAGCGCGGAGGAGCAAGCAGACGAGACCUGAGCGCCAGCGGCCAUGGCGAGCAAUAACACGGCCAGCAUCGCACAAGCCAGGAAGCUGGUGGAGCAGCUGAAGAUGGAGGCCAACAUCGACCGGAUAAAGGUGUCGAAAGCAGCGGCGGACCUGAUGUCGUACUGCGAAGCCCACGCCAAAGAGGACCCUCUGCUGUCGCCGGUGCCGGCCUCAGAGAACCCGUUCAGGGAGAAGAAGUUCUUCUGUGCCAUCCUGUAGGCCCGGCGGUCUGCUCAGUGUGGGACUUUGGACGAGGACGUUCAAAACACGUAGAAAUCUUCUAGUAGGAGGGGCACGGCGAUUAUUGACCCCCCCCCCACCCCCCACCCCCGACCUUCCCUCUCCCCAUCCCUCUCCCUCUCUUGGACAGCACCUAAAGAGUGUGAAAUUUAAAACCCACAGAGUUUACAUGUAAGUGUUAAAGGGGGGGUUCAGCAUGUUGAAGAGGUCUGUGCUUUUAGGUGACGUAAAAAGGAUGCCGACGAUGAUGAUGAUGAUGACUGUGAUGAUAACCUAGAGACGUGACGGACAGCCAGUCAACAGAAAGUCUUCAGGUUGUGAUGUGUACAAAACAAAACAAUAGAUAAAAUGAAAAUAAAAAUAGUUUGUGGUUCUUUUUGGGACUCAAAUGUUCUGUUAAAUGGUUUGUUGGUGGGUCGACUGACGAAGGACAGCAAACCCAAAUACACUUAGCACUAAAUGCCACCUGAUUAUUGGAUUUAUUCUGUUUUUUUAAAGUUGGGUUUGUUUAUUUAAACCUAUAACCUAGAUAUCUUUCUCUAACUGUACGUGGAACAGCUCGGUUUACUUUUCAUUUUUUAGUUUUUACAGCAACAAGUUAGUGGACAAGAUGUUUGAAACAUUUGGCAUUUGAAAAAAUAUGUGUCUGGAUAUCAAGUCUCUGUGUAUCAACAUUUAUCUGGCAAAUGUGAUGCAGUUUGUCUCCUUCAGAUACAAAACCCUCUUUCUACUGUUUGUAUAAAAUGACUAGCAAGUAAAACGUGCUGUGCUGUGAGGUCUGAAUGUUUGUGUUUGUAUCAUUAACUAUUGCAUGAAAUGGAAAAACAGUCUUUUCUAUAUCCAUUCAUGUGGAGAUUGUAUAACACAGGGCCAUCUGAAGGGGCCAAAACGUAUUAAAAGCAAGAAUGAUUCAAUAUGGACUGAACAAGGACAUCUCUCACAUAUAAAUCAUUCUGGAAACCUUGCUUUGCAGGCUGAGGAAUCUCAUUCAGGUAGUAAUUAGAUAUUUGAGCUGCAGAUGACAUCCGAUGUGAAAGCUUGGUUUGGAUAUGUUCAGAUAUACUUAGAAAUAUUUGUGCAAACUAAAAAUGUUUUUUACAUUUGAGAUUAAAAAAACGAGCCAUACAAAAUAUAUAACAUAAAUAGUAUUGGUUUGUUCCAUUUUCUAAUCAAAGCCCUAUAAUGCUUGCACAAAGAGAAAAAUACAAGCCUGAGUUCUCCAGUCA